AGAGUCUCCGCGCGGGCGAAUGUGGCUCCCGCCCGUCGCGGGAGGCACCUGGGUCUCUCCUGGGGCUGGCCACGGCGAAGUGCCCCGGAGCGGGGGAUGGGACGAAGGCCCCGGUGUCGCGUUGUCGUUGGAUUUACUAGAGGGCCUGCCUCGUUCUCAGCCCGUCUCCGCAUUGAUGGCGAGGAGGGUCGCGGCUGGUCCGAAAGGCGCCGGGGGUUGGCACCCACGGGCCGUGCUCUGCCCCGCAAUGGAGUGAGGCGUCUUUUGGGUGCCCAACUCCGCUGCAAGGAAAACUGGGCUCCGCACGGGUCUUCGCCCCGGCAGGGGCAGCCUCUGCCCAACAACGUGCUUGUUAAAAGGAAGAGACUAACAUGGUUGAAAACUCUCCAGCCCCAUUGCCUGAAAGAGCAAUAUAUGGGUUUGUUCUUUUCUUAGGCUCCCAAUUUGGCUUUAUGUUAUACCUUGUAUGGGCAUAUGUUCCUGAAUCUUGGUUAUUCUCAUUGGGAUUAACAUACUGGCCUCAAAAGUACUGGGCAGUUGCUUUGCCUGUAUACCUUCUAGUUACUUUAGGAAUUGGCUAUAUACUACUCUUUGGUAUUAACAUGAUGAGUACUGCUCCACUCAACUCCAUGCACACCAUUACAGAUAACUUUGCAAAAAAUCAGCAGCAGAAGAAAUCUGAAGAAGAUGCAAUCCCUGCACUGAGGGAUAUUACCAUUAGUGAAGUAAACCAAAUGUUUUUCCUUGCUGACAAAGGCAUUUGUAACAGAAAUUAAUUGGAACCAGACCCUGUGAGAAUGAGACACUACUACAAUAAUUUUUAGAAACACAUUGUAAGAAAAGUCAAAGGCUUGUCAGUGCUAGGAAAUCUAACUCUUUAAACACCUGGAAUAGAUGAAUUUGUAUCUAUAUUAAGGUGUAGUUAGCACUGGUUCACAUGUGUGGCAUAGAGCACUGAACCGGAACUCAGAAGAUAUGGGCUGUAUUCCCAGCUCUGCUGCUGGCCUGCUGGGUGACCUUGAGCGAGUCACUUCACCACUCUGUGCUUUGGUUUCCCCAUCUUUACUAUGUAUAUGAUACUGACAUUUAUAAAGUGCUUUGAGAUCUACUGAUGAAAAGUGUUAUUUAAGAGCUGCGUAUUAUCAUUUAUUAAACAAAUUGAUUG